AUGCCUCUAGGCGAGACAGUGGCCGUGAUCGACAAGUCCGGCAAGGUCGUCAAUACAAGCAAACAAGUCUUCAACAUUUUCAAUAAUGCCAGAAAUGCCUACCGUGAACGCAAGACGCAGUUCCAAUACGAGCGCAAUGCAAAAGUAGCUGAGCGACAAGCCAUUAAGGCCAUGGAAAACUUCACCUUUGAUGACUCGCAUUCUGUCGCAUCUUCUCGGCGAAGCGGACGGUCAAGAUCAAUUGCACGACGCCCCUCGGCCCCCGGUCGCAGUCAUCAUCCCCGUCGCGCCUCUUCCCGCGCCCCUUCGCACUAUAGCGAUGAGGAGUCCGUGUACGCUCCACCACCCGCGGCUCUCCCCCGGCGCCACACUCAGCCCAUCAUGGACACCCGGGAUGUACCGCAACAGCGCCCACCAACCGGCCGCACCAUGAGCGAUGCAGAUAUCGAUAUGGACCUCGCGUACGGAGACUACAAUCCUGAGGCCAUGGUACCACGGAAUUCCGACCCGCCCGGAGCCGCCUCACCGGCCAAUAACAUGCAGUUGCAGAGAAUCGAGGAUCCUGAACUGAAUAGCCUUGUGAACCGUGCACAGAUGUUACUGGAAGAAGCAGAAUGCCUGCAUUACAGUGCGACGACGGCAAUGAGUCAAUUGCAGCAACAUCCCGAUGCGAUGGCUGCCGUCGCCCUGACUCUAGCCGAGAUCAGCAAUCUCAUUGGCAAAAUGGCCCCGGCUGCCAUUUCGAUGCUCAAGACAUCAGCGCCGGCUGUUUGGGCUCUCCUCGCCAGUCCCCAGUUCCUAAUUGCCGCUGGUGUCGGCAUCGGUGCCACGAUCGUCAUGUUCGGCGGCUACAAGAUCAUCAAGCAGAUCGGAGGUGGGGGCUCCAACGAAAACAAGCCCAAGGCAAUCGAGGAGCCCGAAAGGCCCGAAGACUUGAUGGAAAUCAACACAGAAUGUCUCAGUUCAGUCGAGAUGUGGCGUCGCGGUGUCGCCGACGUGGAAGCCAACAGCGUCGGCACCAAGGUCGACGGCGAAUUCAUCACGCACACCGCGGCCACCAUGUCUGGUAUCGACGUGAACAACGCACGAAACUCGCGGGAUCCUCGAUUCAAAUUCGACGAUGACGCCGCGACGGUUUCAUCGCGUCGCACUGGCCGCUCGCGUAGCGUGCACACUCCCCGCCGCGAGAGCAAGUCCAAACCACCUACUACUUCCAUUUUCUCAAAGAUGCGGUCUCAGUCCAAGCCUCCUCCUCCGGCCAAGUCGCCCUCAAAGGCCCCUCCGCCAAAGGCUCCGUCUAGGGCUGCAACUACCCCGAUGAAAACCUCCAAGGCACCCUCUCCAUCGAAGACGCCAUCCAAGACACCAUCCAAGGCCCCUUCGCCGUCAACCCCAUCGAAAACUCCAUCUAAGCCCGCGUUCUCGAGGACUUACUCCAAGCACGACACCCACUCGGAGCGGGAUUCUAAACAGAGCAAGGAGACGCCUAAGCGGUCGAGCAAGUUGCGACUCAUGUUUACUUCUUCUUGA